AUGAUCACUCAAACCUCCAUCCCAGAGGUAAAAGAAGAUGCCAUUGGUUAUGCUUUAAAUGAACGUAAACAGAAAUUGUCUCAAUUUUUAGAUUUAGGUCCACCAGAUUUAAUAACUAUGGUGAAAUAUAUGAGUUCAAGCGGGGCUAAUAGUAAUUCUACAACUAAUAACAAUACUUCUUCUUCUAAUGUAACAAAUAAUUACAAUAACACAGAAAUUGAAACAGUGGACCCAAAUAAUAUGUUAAAUAACCUGCAUUUACACGAUAAACUAAAGGGUGAAUUGGGAACAUUUUUUUACUCUUUAGGAUGUGACACAUCUGACCCCACUUCCAUUGCUAUAUUCCUAAAACAAAUUGCUGAUAUUAUUGUAGAACAACCCCAAGUUUGGUUUGGUAAAAGGAAAAACUUUCAAGUUGCCAGAAUUUCAUUGUCUACUUGGAACACGUUUAGAAAAUGUGAUAUGAAUGUUAUUGUACAUAUUCCUGGUACCGUCCAAUUAUUUAUCUUACAAGCUAAUGGGGAGCAAUUACAUGUGAAACCAAAUUCUCCUGAAAGUGAACUAAUAUGGGCAGAGACAUUUAUCAGUGGCGUAGUAAGAUCAAUGAUGUUAAUGAAAGAUAAUUAUGAGGAUGGUGAGUUACAGAAUCUCGUGGAAACUCUAAUUGUUAAUCCUAUGACUUCUGGUGAAAUCUAUUCAGUGGUAGAUUUAUUUAUUGACUUAUUUCCUCUAGUUUAUGAAAAUGGUAUAUUGCUUGGUGGCCCUUGUACAGUGAUUAAUGUUUCAAGAACGAACAACUAUUUGAUAGAAACUUUAAUUGAACUAGUCAAUAUCACACACUCAGUAGAUAAAUGUCGUAAGAUGUUGGAAACUUUGAUGAAAACAUAUCCCGAAGCUAUCAUUGUCUUAAUUCGUGUUCUUCUAGACAAUGAUUAUGAAAUCGAUGCUAUGAAAUUGUUACACGACCAAUUAAUGCAAAUCGAAAACAUCCCAAAUAAUGUAAUUAAUGCUGCUGGUCCGUUAUUUCCACUAGAUUAUAGAUCAGAAUUAUUAUGCGUUCAAGUGAAAUUUUUAAUUGAUGUUAAAAAGGAUUUCAAACUAGCAAAUAUGUUAGCACAAACUGCAGUAAAUUGUGCACCAAGUGAAUUUGAACCUUGGUAUUUAUUAUCCAAAUCGUACAUCAAAUUAAAUGAUAUUGAAAAUUCUUUAUUAUCUUUAAAUGCAUGUCCAAUGGUCUCGUUAAAGGAAAAAUAUAUAUUGAAACGUGUGGUUCCAUUUCAAUCUGAUUCAUCUUUACAUUUACCUUUACCGAUGGAUGCGGUGUUAGAAGGUGUCACUUCAUUAAAUCCACAAGAUAUCCAACAAGAACAUAAAAAUGCCGAUCCAGCUUUAAUCAAUUUAGCCGCAUCGGGCUUAAAAGCCACAUUUCCACUUGCAUAUAAAUUAUUAACAGAUAUUGUACAACUGACUGGAUGGGAGAAUCUAUUAAAGAUUAGAUCCAAGCUGUUUGUCAUGGAAGAUGAGUAUCAAAGUUCUACAGAGGAUAUUUACAAUGCUAGUGGGCGCAAUGAAAGUAACAUUGCUAUUAAAUCUGAAUCCGGAUCAUCAACAGAUAUUUCAAGUUCAUUAUUGCGAGCCAAGAGACUGUGUGAAAGAUGGUUAGAUAAUUUGUUCAUGCUACUAUACGAAGAUUUGAAGACUUAUACAUUAUGGCAAGGUGAACAAGUAUAUUUUGAGGCACAAAAUUCUAGUUAUCAUAAAUUGACUUUUGAGUGGGAAUUAUAUGGUUUAUGUGCAAGACGAUUAGGUCAUUUACCUGAAGCUGCAUUAGCUUUUGAGAAAGGGCUAUCACAAAGAUUUUCAUCUUUGGCAGCCAAGAAAUUAUUAGAAUAUUAUGUCAAUGAAAGAAAUAGAAUCAGACAAUUAUCCAAUUUAUCUAAUAGCAAUAUGACAUCAGGUCAGAUCAUGCUCAAGAUCAAUGAAUUAGACCAAAAGAUCAUUGAUUUGAUUGUUAAGAUAUGCUGCUGGAACCAUAGAUGGUACGUUGAAUUCUCUAGACAAUUAAUAAUGUGUACUGGUGUAGUUAUAGAGGAUUUAGGUCUUACUAAAGUUUCAAAUGAAAUUGCUGCCAAGUACCCUGAGAGUGUUUCGAGGUUAGUAAAUAACAACUUACUUGAAUUCUUUAGUAAGUAUACAAACAACUACUACGAUAAUUAG